AUGUGGGAAUGGGUGGUUACAUUGGAUGAUGGCCGAACCGCGAAGGGGAUGAACAGCAAAGAGUUAACUCAAAGAUCGAGAGUAACUACUGAAGGUUGCACCGUCGAGAACAGAGACUGCUUCGUUGCACCUGAACAGCGUAAGGGGUGCUUGUGA